AUGUCUCUUCACGGACGAAGUCUCCUACUCGCUCAGAACAUCUUGGUCGCUUUCCCCAGCUUUAUACUUUUUGGAUAUAAUCAAGCCGGUGUUGUUGGACUAUUAGCUUUCAACAGCUGGACUCACACAAUCCUGGAGAUAGAUACCACACACAGUAAGAGUGACGCCACAUCAAAUAACUCCAUCAUCCAGGGUGUGUAUGUUUCGUCCACUCUGGGUGCUCUCGUGGGAGCUUUUUCUUGUUCAGCUCUCGGGGACUGGCUUGGUCGUCGCAAGACUAUCUUCAUUGGAGCUUGGCUGACGUUGGGGAGAACAUCUCCUGUACCUCCCUACCGCAACUUAUUUCUGAAUGUUCCCCAGCAAUCAACCGCGGAGCCCACUUUGUUGUCGACUGGAUCUGUGUCACCUGCGGCUAUGCUCACCUCCUGGAUCAACUACGGGAUUUCCCACAUAGAAGAGUCAUCUUCCUGGCGUGUCCUACUAGCUAUCCCGUGUCCGUUCUCUAUUGUCUUGAUUGUGUCUGUUUUCUUUUUCCCUGGAUCCACGCGCCGGCUAAUCCGUACUGGCCGUCGCGAUGCAGCAGCCAACGCAUUAGCUCGAGAUAGAAAAACCACCCCCGAUGACCCAAAUAUCCGACAGGGGGUGGCAACCAUUGAACUGUUACUCGAGGAAGCUGCCGAACAGCCGCGACCAUGA